AUGGGCUUGCGAGGCACUAUUGCAAAAGAGAUCAGCAAACUCUCUUUUUUGAGAUCCUUGAUUAUUAGCAACAACAGUUUUGAGGGAUUUAUCCCUAAUGAAGUGGGUAAUUUGAGCCAACUUCAAAAAAUGGAGAUGCAGUACAAUAAUCUAAAUGGUUCCAUUCCAUCAAGUUUUGGAUUUCUUGUAAAUCUACAGAAGUUAAAUCUCUCCCAUAACAUACUCAGUGGGGAUAUUCCUAACAAGAUUCUCAACGUCUCUUCUUUGAUAGAAAUUGGUUUAGGAAGCAAUAGUCUCUCUGGAAGUCUUCCCACGGAUAUCUGCACCAAUCUUCCAAAGCUAAAGAAGCUAAGAAUUUCAGAGAAUCAAAUAACUG